CGGGGCUAAUUCAGCGAAGCUAAUGUCAACAGAAACCUAGAAAACAACAACGGGCAAAAACAUGAACAUGAGGGGUUCGUACAAUGUAAAAAGUGUCGUCAGGUAUCAGCACAGGAAAACCGGCUCACAUGAUCAUUGUUGUGUUCCACUAUGCUGUAAUUCCAGUCGAUACAACGCGGUGUUGAGUUUUCACCGCUUCCCCAGAGACUAUGAACUCUGCCAGGAGUGGCUGCACAGAAUAAGGCGAGAGUCUUUGACGGUAACAGUCGGCACAAAGGUGUGCAGCAGACAUUUUGUCAAAGGUGAUAUCAGCAUUACAAAACAAGGGAAAAGGACUUUAAGAGCCGGAGCUGUUCCGUCUUUAUUUCAGUGGAACAACUACACCGAAGAGCAGAUCCGACCCGGGGUCUGGGAGCUCAGCGCAUCCCCAGAAGAGUCCGACCCUGAGGAGUCUGAAGACAGUUUACAGCAAAUAGAAGACAAUGCAGCACUGGCAGUGGUUCUGGAUCAUGGUUACUGUCUUAGCAAUAAACAAAAUGACAGUAACAACCAGCUUCAUACCAGGCUUUUACAAGAUCCAAGUGGGCUGCAGAGGUUCGCUGGAUCACCUGAGGACAUUCAGUUUUACACUAGAUUCACCUCUUAUGAACAUCUGAUGGCAUUCUGGACUCUCAUUGAACCAGCAAGAUCAAUGAUGGUACGCGCUACAAGGGCCAGAGGAACCUUUUCUUCUGCUGUGAGAGAUGAGGCUUUCAGCAGACCAAGAAAACUGGCCCCCAUAGAUGAGUUUUUCCUGUUUCUGAACUACCUUUCCACUGGAUGCAACCUGAUGGAGCUCGGCUACCGUUUUAACAUCCACCACACAAUGGUCUGCAGAGUCAUCACAUCAUGGGCCGACUUCCUCUUCUGCCUGCUUGGUUCAGUUUGUAUAUGGAUGAAACAGGAAAAAAUUGAAGCUCAUCUUCCUUGUGAGUUCAGGGACUUUGCAGACACAGAAGUAAUCGUUGACUGCAUCGAGCUGCACUGCCAAACGCCAUCUUCCCAGCCACCUGCCGUUUCAUUCAAGUCCCACUGCACCUUAAAAGCCAUGGUGGGCAUGGCGCCGCAUGGUGCCGUAACAUUUGUGUCAGCAGUCUGUGAAGGUUCCGUGACUGAUGAAGAGAUCUUCAGAAAAUCCGGAAUCCUACCUCUCCUGUCCCCUCACAUGGCUGUUAUGGUCGAAAGGGGAUUCUACGUCGAUGACCAUGUCCCUGGGAAAGUUCACCGGCUUGCCUUUCUGCCUCAAGGAAACCCACUGUCAGUAGACGUUUUUGCGAACUUGUCCAUUACUCGUUUGAGAGUCCAUGUGGCGAGAUUAUUCAAGAGAGUCAGGGAAAUCAAACUGUUUGAUACUGACAUUCCCUUCCCCAUCUCAGGGAGCAUUAAUGAGUUAUUCACUGUGGCGUGUCUCCUCACCAAUUACCAGAAUGGUCCAAUGGUAUAACACAGUGUCAAAUAUAGUAUUUCAAGGUUACACUGUUUUUUAGCAAGGAAUAAACUGACAUGGUGGUUUUCACAGUUUUCUGAUUUCUGACCUCGAGUUAUAUGGAUUAAAAUGGGUUCUAUGGGUACAAGUCUUUACAUACAUGUAUACUUAAUACUAACCUCAUACAGUUUAAAAAACAUAGUUUUUUUAUGCAUUAAAAUAUGUUAUUGGCC